GAGCUGUGGAGGUGACCCGCUCCGACGUGAACCACUUCCCGGCUUCCCAGAUACGACUCUUCCUUCUUCUUCAACAUCUUCUUCCUCGUCAACCUCUUUUCUACCUCUCCCACCCACCCCUUUCCAUCCGUUGUCUGCUCUGCCUGUUCUCUAUUCCGCACAUAGAGAAGCAUGGCAGCUCGGAGUCGUGGACGUACCGCGCUUCGGUACCUCGGAGCAGCCACCGCUGUCGGCGCAGUGGGCGCCGGCACCUUGUACUUCGUCUAUCGACCGCGAGAUGUGCCCGGCUUGGAAGCUGCCGCUGUACCACCCCCGACCUAUGGCGAAGGUGGCGUCUUCCGCCCACCCAACUUCCCGCGCGUCAAGAGCAGGAGUGAGCAGAUUGCAGAUCUGAAGGCGAGUGCGGGUUCAGCUUUCGCCCUCGCCAAGGACAAGGUCAAGGGAGCACUGGGCGGCGAGGUGCAGACACGAAGCGAGGAUGGCAACAACAACGAGUAUGACCUGCUGGUCAUUGGCGGUGGUGCGACGGGAACCGGCAUUGCGCUUGAUGCGGCAUCGCGUGGUCUGAAGGUCGCGCUGGUGGAGAGGGACGAUUUCGCAUCGGGCACCAGCAGCAAGAGCACCAAACUCGUCCACGGGGGAGUGCGCUAUCUCGAGAAAGCCGUCUUCGAACUGGACUAUAGCCAAUACAAACUGGUCAAGGAAGCCCUUCGCGAGCGGAGAUACUUCCUCGACACCGCACCGCAUCUUUCGCAAUGGCUCCCGAUCAUGAUUCCCGUCAACAAGUGGUGGCAGGCGCCAUAUUUCUGGGCGGGGACCAAGUUCUACGACUUUCUGGCGGGCUCCGAGAACAUUGAGACUUCGUACUUCUUGACCAAGAGUAAGGCGCUGGAUGCCUUUCCAAUGCUCAAGCGAGACAAUCUCUGGGGCGCUUUGGUGUACUACGAUGGCGCACACAAUGAUUCGCGAAUGAACGCUUCUCUGGCCAUGACCGCUGCGCUGUACGGCGCCACUCUGGUGAACCACAUGGAAGUGACUAGCCUCGAAAAGGACGCCAAUGGCAAGCUCUGCGGUGCGAGGGUCAAGGAUCUCGUGCAGCAAAAGGACGGCAAGACUCCCGACGAGUUCUCCAUCAAGGCCAAGGGCAUCAUCAACGCUACAGGACCUUUCACGGACGCGAUUCGCAAGAUGGACAACCAGGAAGUGUCGGAGAUUGUCGCGCCUAGCUCCGGAGUUCACGUCAUCCUGCCUGGAUACUACUCGCCUUCCAACAUGGGCCUGAUCGACCCUCGCACUUCGGACGGCCGUGUCAUCUUCUUCCUGCCAUGGCAAGGGAACACCAUCGCAGGGACCACUGAUUCGCCGUGCCCCAUCGAACAAAACCCCAUUGCGCAAGAGAAUGAGAUUGACUGGAUCUUGAAGGAAGUACAGAACUACUUGCAACCGGAGAUCAAUGUGCGCCGCGGUGAUGUUCUGGCUGCCUGGUCUGGCAUCCGUCCUCUCGUUCGCGACCCGAACAAGGCCAAAUCCGAGGGUCUGGUUCGCAAUCACCUGGUGACCACUUCUGAGUCGGGCUUGCUCACCAUCUCUGGUGGCAAAUGGACCACCUACCGCCAAAUGGCUGAAGAAGCUGUCGACGAGGCCAUCGCACAUUUCGGCCUGAAAGCAACAGGCGUUUCCAAACCACCUCUCGUGUCCGGUGUACAAGGCUUCCACGAGGACCUUGAGCUGGAUGGAUCUUGUCAAACACAUGCUCUACGCUUGAUUGGCGCUCACGGCUUCUCCAAGACGCUCUUCAUCAACAUCAUCCAGCACUAUGGUAUUGAGACCGAAGUCGCCAAGCACUUGUGCGUGGAUUAUGGUGACAGAGCCUGGACUGUCGCGGCUCUGUGCGAACCUACUGAACACCGCUUUCCAGUGCGCGGCACGCGAAUCUCGGAGUUGUACCCAUAUGUCGAUGGCGAGGUACGCUACGCGGUCCGUCACGAGUAUGCCCAGACUGCGGUGGACGUGCUUGCGCGAAGAACAAGACUGGCUUUCCUGAACGCACAAGCGACGGUGGAAGCUCUACCCAAGGUCAUUGACAUUAUGGCGGAAGAACUCAAGUGGAGCAAGCAACGCAAGGAGAAGGAAUGGAAGGAUACCAUGCUCUUCCUCGGCUCCAUGGGUCUGCCCAAGUCCAAGCAGGCGCUGUCCAGGAAAGAAGUCGAAGCAGGACGUGUUGGACAGUACGAGGAUGAGGAGUGGAAGCUAUAUGCGAGACAUGACAAACCGGAUGAGGUUCUCGCUUCCGAUGCUUCCAACCCUACGAUCAGCAAGGACAGCCCCGCGAACGCAUAAAGAAAAAAGCGUUCACGAAUGUAGUAGAGAAAGCCUUUUGUAUAACCACAGAUGACGAGCGCAGCAGGACUGAUGUUCUGUAUGGCGCGCACGAGGCACCCAGUUGUGCGGUGCGGUGCGGUGCGGUGCUGGAGCACAUGAGAGAAUAUAUACCUUUUAUACAUGAUUGCCACAGACAAGAGCAAAGCCCAAAAAGCGAUU